CAUCAUAUAAAGCUCGCCCCACAGCGGGAGGAGCGCAGGACACGAGCGACCAGUGCUGACACCUACUCCCGCUGUCCAGCUCCUGCUCACCCUACAAAGCAUCCUUCGGCACGCGGCCUCCUCCCUGACAGCCCUCGUCUGCUGGAGUGGCGAUCGAGAGACUGUUGGUGUUGAUCGCACGGAUACCCGUGAAAACUCUCUGCCCUGCUCCUGGCUCACCAUCUGAAGUGUCGCCGUCUGUAGUGUCGCUGUCUCCGCCGCAACAUCGUCGCCCGCCAACCACCUCCUUGGCCGUGGAGCGUCCAUGGUGUAGGUGUCCCCCUCUCGUCCACAUCGACUUCAGUCUACCUUCUCUGGGCGUCUCCCCAGGUGGCGCCCUUAGUUACCGCCGGGUAACCAGUGACAGAUUGUCUCCCCAGCACCCCGCAUGCGACAAGUCUGACCGAAAUUACUUCCCCUGCCUGACCUGAAGAUGGCGCAAAGCAUCGUCUACUACGCGGCUGUGACUGUGAUGGUACAGGCAGCCAUGGCCUCCUUCAAGUGUCCGGUGCUGCAGAACCAGGCCCUGAUCCCAGACCCCAGCGACUGCCGCAAGUACUACCACUGUCUGCCGGGUGGCCGCGUCUUCCCCAUGCAGUGCCCCAACGGACUCGUCUUCGACACCCGCCAGAAGGUGUGCAUCUGGGACUCCACGGCCAAGUCGUGUGCACCCGACACGGAGCUGCCUUCGCUACCACAGCACCAGUCGUCACACACCACCAAGACACCUGCCACAAAGGGAGGGCACUCACGACCCAAAGCGUCCAAGAUGACAGCCCCUGACCCUCCCAAGAACAUCAUCAGCACAGCCCGGCGCAACAAAGACGUGCAGGAGACGCAAGAAAGGAGGAAACCAGUCUUGACUACACCUGCCACCACACAUUCGUCAACGCCAACAAGCACCACAGCAUCUACAACAUCAACAACGACAGCAACAACGACAACUGAAACCUUUUCGACAGAAGCUAAAUCAACAACGAGUUCCAAGGGGGCGGAGCUGGAGAAGCAGUUCUCGGAUGCUGUCGAUGUUAUCAACAGUCUUCUGUCCAGGGUGGGACCCGAGACCGCGUCACAGGCACAGCACCCGGCGUCAGGUACACCACUGCCCCUCACAACAACCACCGCCAGCUCGACCCUCCAGGGAGACAACUCUGCCGCUGACACGAGUGUGUCCCAAGCUGACAAAAGCGAUAAACCCCAGGAAGGCGAUAAUCCCUCAUCCUCAAGUCCCCUGCUGAAGGAGGAAGACAAGGGAGCUCACUCAGUGCACAGGAGAUCUCCGGACAACAAAGGCUUUGGCAAUUACCUUUCGGAGGACGUGCGCUGUCCCUCUGGUUUCGCCUACAUGCCCGACCCGUCCAACUGCGGCACCUUCUACCACUGCUACAACUGGCAGCCUAUGAAGAAGAUGUGCCCACCCGGCCUCUUCUUCGACCACCAAACCUACGUCUGCAACUGGCCCCACAACGUCAACUGUAUCGAGGGCUACCGCGCCAAGACUCUGUACAGCUUCAACAACUUCCGGCGAGACCACGCCGAGGUUCGGGAGACAACUGCGCGUAUUCCUAAGGACUUGAAGGAAAAAACGUUGAAGCCAUCAACUGCUAGAACCACCGUCCCCACAACAACAACGACAACCACAACAACCACGACCACCACGACGGAACUACCCACCAGCAGAACUACUUCCGCAGAAAUCACAACACAACCUUUGACCUCUCGCAGCGAAUCAGCCAACACGGAGUCAACGCGUGUACUGUUUGAAGGGCUGGACUCUGUUUCCACGACAACCUACGAGGUUCCUCACGAGAUCGUCACCCAGCGACUGGAGUCUAAGAUUAGUUCCACUCAAAACCUUCUGGAAUCUUCCCCUCUCACGGACCAACCAAAAAGCGACAACGGGAAAGACACAAGCAGCAGUCUCUCUAGAAGCUCGCUGCAGGUGACAGAUACCACGGCGUGGUCACGUGUCAGCGACCUACCCCUCGAGACUGAACACGUGCUGGCGGAACUCUACGCCAACAACGACGAUCUCAAGAAGAAUGUGUCCAGCAGCGAUGAGGCCAGUGAUGACAGCCUCGCUUCUUUGACGUCGACAGGCGCGACGACGCGGCUAGAAGAAAAUAGUUCGACUGCAGCGCCUCCCGACACAAGUGUCGCAACAGCCAGCGGGGCACCCGACAGCAGCAGCGUCCAGACUUCUGCAGCAAGUAUCCUGAGCAGUCUCUCUGACAGCCACACGCCUCCGGCACCACAGCACCAGAGCGCGCCCCCUGGCGACGAGGGCUCCAACACCAGCGCCCCCUUGCCAGCACAGACAUCGUCCUCGUCCUUCGUUUCGCUGGCUGCCGACAAUGCAACCACAACCAUGCCACCCCCAAGCCCCGUGACCCGUGACCCCACUACCCCGCUGUCCGCCAUGGCAGCACGAGUUCCUUUCUACGCCAUGGACAGCCGCCACGCGGGAUCCAGCAGGACAGCAACCUCCAACACCGCUUACCACCGAGGUAGCCGCUUGAGAGCCCGCACGCACGUGCCGCAGGCGCAGUCGAUGUCUGUCAGUCCCUACAUGCCAGCCGCCAUGGCUGUCUCUCCAUUCCGUACUCCCGCGGCGCAAGAGUUCCACAGCUACGACGACGUUCAGAUCGAGAAGUUCAUGAUCAAGCUGCUCAACGACGCCAUGCGCUCUCGUCACGUGGUGUCCAGAGACGUUAGCGACACUACGUCCGACGCCAUCACGUCCUCUGGUCUGACCGGGGAACCUACCACCUGGUCCGCUGGCAACACCAGCGACGGCGACAGAAAACAUCCACCAACCACUCACGAUGUUAAAAACAUGAAAGCUGAAGCUGACAUCGAGGAAGUCAACGAAGACGAUUCGUACGUCCACGAAGAAGUGGCUCCCUCCACGCUGUUUUUCCAGUUGCCUGGCAACGGCCAGGACUUCGGCACGAGCACCUUGCAGCAGGAUAUGCACGUGAGCGGCGUGUCUGACAUGGAGCCGCAGCCUUAUCGCCAGACACUCCCCCUGCAGGCCGACGACCAGGGAGCAUUCUCCAAGAAGACGGCCAGCUUCCCCUUCGCGGCCAGGGACGCCGACAGCAAGGAGUUCGACAACCUGGUGGAGCACGACGCUCUGAGAGAGAACGCCAAGGCCAAAUAUUUGUAUGACGAGCAAACGAUGAAAGCCGAGAGUCAAGCGAUGACAGGGCUAGACGAUAAGGUGGAGGAGUGGGACGUGAAGUCACGUGAUCUAGGGCUACAGAUGGGGUAUGCCUACCCCAAAAUCUACAGCAACUUAGGGGAUGAGGUCGACCUGUCCGGGGAUGGCGAGACGCCGGAAAUGACGAAUCACAUCCCCAAGAUACAAGCUUUUUCGGGAAUCUUAGCUUUAGAGGAACAGACGAACUCCAGCUCCAACGACCCGAGCCAGAACGAGACUGGCGAUGGAAUCCCAGCUUCCACCACAACGCAGGAUGUUUCUGUUCAAGAGGAUGGCGCGGCUAGCCCGAGCACUCCGGCAGUCGACACCACUCAGCACACCACCCUGGUGACCCACAAUCAACAGGACAUUAAUCUCACUGAUUACCAUCAGUCCACAAGUUCACCGAGUGUCGGCGAUUUGUCGAAGAUUGUUCCAACGGACACAAACCAGACGAACAGGGUCGCUUCCAAGGUGUCAGCUGACAUGUCGAGCUCGCCCCUUCCUCCACAGUCCACCCCAGCUGACAGCAAUGUCACAGAGAGUUCUGGACAGUCGUCAUCUACACAGGCACUGACAGGCGACAGCACAUCGACAGCAAAAGUAGAAGAGGCGCAGGCAGUAGAUAACAGCACGUCUACCACAUCCGUUGUCAACAACACCGACGACACUGCUGCUGAUGGUACCACCGCCAAUGAGCUUUUGUCGCCCUCGUCAGACAACACUUCUCUGACACAACCCGCAUCAUCACUACGACACUCUGACAACAGCUCUCUGUCAGUGUCACCACUACGACAAACUGACAACAGCUCUCUGUCAGUGUCAUCACUACAGCACACUGACAACAGCUCUCUGUCAGUGUCACCACUACAACACACUGACAACAGCUCUCUGCCAGUGUCACCACCAGAAAACCCUGGUAACCCUUCUGUGAUUGAGACAUCAGGGGAAAACCAUGGAAACGCUUCUCUGACACAUUCAGCAUCGUCACAAGAAGGUUCUAGCAACAUCUCCCUGACACCUUCAGAUAAAGCAAACGUCACAUCAUCACCGGCGUUAUCUACAUCGCUGCUUGAAGACGACAACCAGACAUCGUCACCAGAAUCGACCACAGCCCGAUCAUCAGACAGCAGCGACACAUCAAGAGAAUCCUCUACCAUGAUGUCGGACACCCACAGCAGCACUUCUACAUCCUCCGACAGCAGCAGCACCACCCCAUCCAGUGACGCAUCGUCAAAAGCUCCAGAAAGUUCUGUCCAGCCGUCCAUAGUCGUCACACCUGCCUCACCAGACCAUCCGAGCAACACAACCCUCUCAGACUCCACACAAAAGGCGGAAGUGUUCAAGGCAAAGAAUCUUGACAGCGUUGCAGACAACACCACCGAGGGCGCUGAGGCAGAGGAAGUGCAGGUGGCAGUUGGUGACGUCAGCAAAGGUCAGCAGGAAGGGGAAGACGCAGACGACACAGUCGCCCCUCCGACCAACGCUUCAUCAGACAUUCAUGGCGCCACAGCCUUGCUGCAUACGUCAGGUGUCGAGCCACAGCAAAAUGAGACAACGAUGUUGCUUAGCAACAAUGAGACAGCCAUGUUGCCCAGCAACAAUGAAUCCAUCGUUGCGCAGCCCGCAGCAGCAGACGACGCUGCACCCGACACAGACAAGUCCACCACAGACGUAUCACGCACAAACAACUCCACGAUAACUGAUUCCGACACCAAUAGCUCCACCAGAGCAACCUUUGACACCAACAGCUCCACAACAGCUGCAUCCGACACACAUAGCUCUCCGACAGCAACAUCCGACACCAGCAGCUCACCGACAACAGCAGGUGUCAGCUCUGAGUCGCCUGAGAUCAGUGCCAACAACAUCUCCAGCAUCGUCAAUGCGUCAGUGUACUCUGCGGCGGAACUGGAGGACAGAGUCAUCUCUGAGGACAUCAAGGACGCGGACAGCAGCACUAGCGUGUGGAGGCUUGCCGAGGGCACGGGGGCGCCACAGGAGGAGCAGACAGUGCUGCUGACGGCAACUAAACUUGAAAGAGAGACAAACGACUCGACUUCGCACAACGCUACUGACCAGGGGGCAGUGCAGGACUCUGUCAGCUCCAGCACCCGAGUUGUCUCCCUGGACCCCAGCUUGAGUCCCAUCAUCGACGAAUUUUCGGCUGUGGACAGACAACUUGGAGACAACGACACUCAGACUGUAUCGUCUGUGGACGCAACCGUCGUGCAGAAAGUUUUGAUAGACAGCGCCCCAUACAGUGGCCUGAUCAACGUCAGCAUGGCUGAGCAAGAAAACAUUGACGACAACACAACAGCAGUCAACACAAGCCCAGCGUCAGACAUUACUGAGGACAGCAUCAUUGAAAACAACACAGAAGUGAACGCCUCCCAGGCUGUGGAGCUGGUGCCAGUCGCUUACCUUAGUGACGAGACCCUCAUAAAAAGCUCAGGGAAUGAACUGCUGGAGACCAAAAGUGAGGACACCAAUAUCUUCCACACUAAAGAUUCGUCGUCUCUCUUGUCUGAGGCCGAAGUAGUUGGCGAGGUGCAGCAAGUGCAUGAGUCUCAAAACCACUCUGGCCUAACGGCGGCCGACAACAACGACCACGAAACAGCGAGCGGCACCAAGGGGGACGAGGCAUCAGUGUCACUGGAAGAAACUUUGGGGCAGGAACAGACGACUGUAGCGGAGAGCAAGACGAACAUGUCAUCAGAAGGCGCUGACCUCACUACAACCACCACCUUGUCCUCAUCGCCAGAGUCAUUCUCAGAUGACUCAGGGAGCAUUGCCACGGAGAAGGUGAUUCCAGGGGAGGGAAAUGAGCGGCCCCACACCAGCGAUAACGUCAUCAGCCACCAACACAACAUUUCAGCCUCAGCUGUCGUCGUCGACGAGAAAUCCGACGGCAUUGUCGAAGAAACACGAGAAUACGAAGAUGCACGUGCUCAUGACGCCGACAAGAUGGUGGCUGCUGACGUCGAAAGGGCUGACUCAGCUGAUGACGCGGAAGCAGUGGGCGUCAAGCGGUCCUUCGUGUCGCUGACGGACCUCAUCACGUGGUACCUCAAGCACUGGCGGAACUACACGCGCUGGCGUCAGGAGCACACAACUCUUCCUUCAUCCACACCCGAGCCGUGAGCCACGCCAAAGGACUCGUUAUCAUCGCAGUCAUCUGCGAUGACGCUGGCGACGUGGCGGCUGAGUGCAGCCAGUGACGACCCCAGUGCUGACACUUGGUGAGUGCUGGCUGCCGCGACAUCCGACAUCGUCCUGUCCACUUCUUUUGCCGCUGCUGCAGUCGCCACUGUUGUGAUCACGUGACUAUUUCGUUGACAGCUCGCCCCUACUCGCUUGCAUGCACAUCCCGUCUGUCUCGGUCGCUGUGACCGGCUGUGUGACGGCGGGAGUGGUGAAGGGGGAAAUUGAAAAUGCAGUUUACUUUGUGCUUUUGGACAAUUUGCCAACGUGCCUGUGAGUCUGUACACAAAUAUUUUGUAAUGUUUGCCUCCACUUUCCCUCUGUUGUUGUUGUUGUUGUUCCGCCAUUUAAAAUGCUUAAGUGAGCGAUGUCCUUACAUCCUCCCCCAUCCCCAGUCACCCAUCCCCGUGGUUCCCACGUUGGACAGUAGGCUGGGAAGGUAGCAGGGGGAGGGUGUAAGAACAGCGCAGUAAUACUCAGCCGUCACGCCUAUUGUUAGCACCCAUGGGUCUGCCGUCAUCUCUCGUCCGAAUGUUGCUGAGGGGUUGUACAGUGGGGGGCGACCGGCAGAGGACGUUGGUAGUUUGACUUCUGACUUCCACUCCUGUCACCGGUACCAACACCGUGUGCAUGUUGAGAUGCUACUGGCGACUGACCACCGACUACGUGACGUACUACGUGGGCGACGACGACGUUUAGUCUAGAUUGAGUAGUGGGGACAUCAUGGUGAAUGGUGGGAGGUCUCUAGCAGUAGUUUUCACAUCGUCAUUGAUGUCAUCGCCGUUUACCAUGGUGAGCUGACGACGACUGGGUUAUUUCUAAGAGCGUCAGAUGUAGACGUUCACACCUGUCCUGUCAUCUUGACUGGUCUCCUGUCGAUAUCCCGUUGGUGAGAGGGAGGAAGAUGUCCAAGACUAGACAGCCCAAAGGCCAUUUACCCUCGACCUGUCGGUACUGCAUGUUGAGACACACACGCGCUCGUGUAGGAGGAACAUUGUGUAUCCUCCAUGCCAGGUAACGUGAUAAUUGGAAAAAAAAAAAAAAAACAGUAAAUAAAAAGGAAAGAAUAGGGAAGAAAAAGCUAGUUACCCUUCUUUUCUUUUGAACCUAAGAGUUUUUUUGUCGGACAACUCUUCUUGCCCUAUCCCUUAUUAAGCUUUAUUUUUGCGUCGGGGAAUAUUCCCUGUUCUUGUUUCCCUGACCCUGUCCCUCUUUCCCGCGAUAAACAAAUCUCAGAGUAAUCAAAGGGGAGACUAUUUGUCUGUCGUGUGCUGCGAUGUUUGUGGAGUGCGCUGCUCUCUGGUUGUCUUCCCCUGCUUCUGUUGGCACAAGACGGAGGACAAGCUUCCUGCACGUGCGGAAGGAAAGGGGAAGUGUGGGGAGGGGCACAGCAUGUCCACACCUGCAGGCAACGGGAGGCACGUGCAGGUCGUCGUAGUCACGUGCAAGUAGCGGGUGGACGUGGGGGAGGGGUACAGGUAGAGGAGAAGGUAGUACACAGAGGUCAGCACCACUGACCCCGAGUCUCGCUGGUUGUUGAUGUCUGCGCUGGGUGUGUGGAGGGACUUGUACAAAUGUUUUUAUAAGCCUUUUAUUUUGUACUGCAUUUCCUAAGGCUGUAAGUAAAGAGGCCUUUAAUACAUGA